CAAUAUAAAUUCUAAUCCUCUCAUUCUUUCUUUUUCAAUUCCAUAUCAAAUUUAUUCCAGCUUUCUUCUUCUUUUGUUGAGCAGAAGCUAGCAGUCUUCGUGCUCAAAUGGCUCAAGCCUCAGAGAUGAACAAUAGCGUGUUGAAUUCGACAACUCCUAGUGUAGAGCUAGAGUGUUUCUCCCCUUAUAUGAUCAUCACCAAUGGAAUAUGGCUUGACGACGAUCCUCUAAGAUACUCUCUCCCUCUUUUCCUUAUCCAACUCCUUAUAAUAACGCUGACCAGUCGCACUCUUAAUGCUAUCUUGAAACCCUUUGGCCAGCCUAUGGUCCUCGCUGAGAUCCUAGCAGGGAUGCUGCUGGGACCAUCUUUUGUGGGAAAAUUCUUUCAAGGAUUUCAGGCUCAUUUCUUUCCACCAAGAAGCAUCAGCAUACUGUCGUCGAUGGGUAACUGUGGCCUACUUUGCUUUGUGUUCAUGGUUGGAGUUGAGAUGGACAUAAAUGUGCUAAGGCAAAUGAAGAAGAAAGUAAUGGCUAUCGGAGCGAUUAGCAUUGUGCUUCCUUUUGCGAUCACCUUGACUGCUGCCUACCUCUUUCGCGGCUAUUUCCUUGAAGAAAAAAAGAACAAUGCCUUUUAUGUCUAUCUCGCUCUGGCUCUAUCAAUCACUACAUUUCCUGUGCUCGCUCGAGUCCUUAGAGAUCUCAAGCUUCUGAACACAGAGGUCGGUCGAGUUUCCAUAUUGUCCUCUGUCGUCAACGAUCUGUUCUCUUGGGUGUUGCUUGCCCUUGUCGCUGUACUCUCAGGAACUAUGAGAGCCGAUAAAGGGAUGGACGGCCUACCAUUCCUCUACAUCUUGCUGUCGAGCCUGGGCUUCUUUAUCAUCUGCGUUGUCUUGGUGCGACCGGUAUUAAAAUGGCUCGUGGACAGGACGCCGGAAGGAGAGCCUAUGAGCGAUAUAGACCUGGGCGUGGUCAUCAUGGGGGUGAUGGUAUCUGCAUACGUAACUGAUUUCAUCGGCGUUCAUGGUGUUUUUGGGGCGUUCAUUUAUGGACUGAUGUUUCCAUAUGGAACCCAUGGUACUGCACUGGUUGAGAGAUUGGAGACUUUUGUUAUGAUGUGA